UUGCUUGCUGUAUUGCAGCUUCACACUCUACUCGCCCAUUAAUCUCCUCUCUCUCGAUCGAUCUCUCUCUCGACUCAACAAUGUCGAAGCUACUGCUAAUCCACUCUCCUCACUUCACUCCAGUCUAUCGCCGAACAAUCACUUCCGUCCUCUCAAAAUCUCAUCUCUGCCUCUCUUCUACUCCCCUUCCUCUUCAUUCCACCUCUUGCCUUCUUCAUCCUCUUACUCAUCCGUCUCUUUUCCGUCCCUUUCCUUCUUUAAUUCUUUCCAGAAAUUUAUCUGUUCGGGCUUUCGAUUCCUCUUCCGAUACUAAAACUCAGAAGCAGGAGGAGACAUCAGACGAGAAAGUUUCUCAAUCUGAAAAUGGAUCCAUUAAGAAUUCUCAAGAUGAUUAUCCUACUGGAGAUUUUGAGUUUAAAGAAAUUGGAGCUUGGAAUCGUUUUCUUGUCAAGCUUCGGAUGCUGAUUGCUUUCCCUUGGGAACGCGUUCGCAAGGGCAGUGUCUUGACUAUGAAAUUGCGCGGCCAGAUAUCUGAUCAGCUAAAGAGCCGUUUCUCUUCAGGGCUAUCUUUACCUCAAAUUUGUGAAAAUUUCAUAAAAGCUGCAUAUGAUCCUCGUAUUUCUGGUAUUUAUCUCCACAUAGAGCCUUUGAAUUGUGGAUGGGGUAAGGUUGAAGAGAUUCAGAGACACAUAUUGAAUUUCAAGCAAUCAGGUAAAUUUAUUGUUUGCUAUAUCCCUGCUUGUAGAGAGAAAGAGUAUUAUCUUGCUUGUGCCUGCGAUGAGAUAUAUGUCCCUCCAAGCGCUUAUUUUUCUUUGUAUGGAUUGACAGUCGAAGCAUCUUUCCUUGGAGGAGUUUUGGAGAAAGUAGGAAUUGAACCAGAAGUGCAAAGGAUUGGUAAAUAUAAAAGUGCUGGGGAUCAGCUUACACGGAAAUCUAUGUCCGAAGCAAAUUGUGAGAUGCUGACAACAUUGCUUGAUAACAUCUAUGGGAAUUGGCUGGAUAAGAUUUCUUCUACAAAAGGAAAAAAAAGAGAAGAACUUGAAAACUUCAUCAAUGAAGGAGUCUACGAAGUAGAAAGGCUGAAAGAAGAAGGUUUGAUAACAAAUAUACACUAUGAUGAUGAGGUAAUCUCAAUGUUGAAAGAGAAACUUGGAAUAGAAAAGGAUAAAAUUCUUCCUGUGGUCGACUACGGCAAAUAUUCACGAGUAAGGAAUUGGACACUUGGUUUAACUGGUGGUGCUGACCAAAUUGCUGUGAUCAGAGCCUCUGGGAGCAUAAGUCGUGUACGGAGUCCGCUAAGUUUACCGAGUUCUGGUAUCAUUGGGGAGCAGUUCAUUGAGAAGAUUCGACAAGUAAGAGAGUCAAAAAGAUAUAAAGCUGUUGUUAUUCGGAUUGAUAGCCCUGGAGGUGAUGCCCUUGCUUCUGAUUUAAUGUGGAGGGAAAUCCGGCUUUUGGCUGAAAAAAAACCUGUGGUCGCAUCUAUGUCUGAUGUAGCUGCAAGUGGGGGAUAUUAUAUGGCAAUGGCGACGGGGACUAUUGUUGCAGAAAAUUUAACCUUGACUGGCUCUAUUGGAGUUGUUACAGGUAAGUUUAACCUUGGGAAACUAUAUGAAAAGAUUGGCUUCAACAAGGAAAUUAUAUCAAGAGGUAAAUAUGCCGAGCUACUUGCAGCUGAACAACGACCUUUGAGACCAGAUGAAGCAGAACUUUUUGCUAGGUCAGCUCAGAAUGCAUACAAGCAAUUUCGAGACAAGGCAGCAUUUUCGAGAUCAAUGGCUGUGGAUAAGAUGGAAGAGGUUGCACAAGGUAGAGUCUGGACCGGUAAAGAUGCAGCUUCACGAGGUCUAGUUGAUGCUACUGGUGGGCUUACUCGAGCUAUUGCCAUUGCAAAACAGAAGGCCAACAUUCCCCAAGACAAACAGGUAACCCUGGUUGAGCUGUCAAGACCCUCUCCUACACUGCCAGAGAUUUUAAGCGGCAUAGGGAGUUCAAUAGCAGGAGUAGACAGAACAUUGAAAGAACUGCUGCAAGACUUGUCAUUUUCAGAUGGAGUUCAAGCCCGGAUGGAUGGAAUCAUGUUCCAGAGCUUGGAGGGAAGUUCAUAUGCCAAUCCCAUUUUAAGUUUGAUAAAAGAUAUCCUCAGUUCCCUCUGACCUUAAAUCCUGACCUUAUUUAUCUUAACCUUUUUCCCCCAUUGGUUAAAUAUAUUUGGGGUUGAUUAUUUUAAUAAUCAUAAUGCCAUGGUGAUAGGGGGAUCAAUAGAUAUCCUAAUUAUAAGGGAUGGAGCCUGCCCACACCAAUCCGAAAAAGAUUGGUAGAUGUGGUCUAGUCUGAAUGUUGUUCGGCAAUAAGUUUGGAGUCACCCCUAUACUCUUCACCAAGGAUCAAAUAAGUCCGUUUUAACUUUGUUGGCCAAAUAAAUCUCACAACUUUGCCAAUUGGGUCCUAUCAUAUUAAAAUACUAUUUUUUUUAAAUUAUAGAAAUUAUAUUUUAUUAUUAAAAAGUUAACAUUUUAACAUGAUAGGACCUAUUCAAUCUUUAAUGUAAAGUUAUGACUUAUUUGGCUAAAAAAAUUAAAAUUGAUUUAUUUGGUUCUUAGUAAAAAGUAUAGUGGUGGAUUUGGAUUUGGUUCCAAUUUUGUCCCUUUUGCAACUGAAGCAGUAUGAGAACAUCCACAUUAUAGGGGAAAAUUUUUAGAAAGAAAGAUUACAGCAGAUUAGAUCUUCUUGUGUAUGAUUUUGGGAAGAGCUACUGGUGCACAUGAAUCCUUUUUCCUUUUUCUCUAUUUUUUGUUUUCUUGGACUAGAGUUCGUAUCCUGAGUCCAGAUAUGUCUAUAUUGCUGCUAAGGCGGAGCUCAACAGAUGAUUAAGUGGUGUUGUUGAUACUAAAUUAUUAGCAGCUUACGCCUUUCUACAUGUUUGACUAUGACAUUACUGAAUCAUCUCAAAGCCGUGGCUGUAAACGCAAGAAAUGGGUAGACGUUGUCCAAUAUUUGUAAAUGACCAAGGAAAAUUUUCUGUUUGCGCAGAGAAAUGUGUGAAUUAUCUGCACAUGCUCUGAAAAUAUUCUCAUACUUGCUUUUGAUUAGUUAAAUCCUAAUCCUUAUGAAUGUUAAUAAUGAGAUUACAGGUGCAGAAACUAUCACUUCAAUCUA